UGUAAGUAGGUUAGCGAGAUGGGAGAAUGGUGGGGUAGAGUGGAAGGUUGGUCUAUGAAGUAUGAUGGGUUAAAUAAGUAAAUUGGUUCAAGUGGAUAUGGAAAGGUCACCAUACAAGCAGAGAAAAAGGUGUGUUCCAGACAAGCAUUUUCCAUUAAAGUAUAAUAACAAGAAUCACACUCAACUUUCAACCAUCUCUCUAUUCCCUUCCUACGUACCCUCCAUAUUUCAUCUUUAUAUACCCUCUUUCCAUUCUCAUUCCUCGUCCUUCACAUUCUCCUUCUCUCUCUCUCUCUCAAUUCCUCUCCUUCAGGAAUUUGGAGAGACUGUUGAUAUUGCAAAGUAGGAUAUAAACCGGUGGACAAGGAAAAAAUGGAGUUUUCCAUGAUUUUCAUUGUUAGCAACAUAAUGCUGCUUCUGAGUUCAGCAUUUGCCAAAACUGCAAGUCCUCCCUCUGUGAGUCUGACCCCAACUCCAGCACCAGCACCUGCACCAGACUUUGUGAAUCUCACUGAUUUGCUCAGUGUUGCUGGUCCAUUCCACACCUUCCUGGGAUACCUUGAGUCCACCAAAGUGCUUGACACUUUCCAAAACCAAGCCAACAACACUGAAGAAGGGAUCACCAUCUUUGUUCCAAAGGACAGUGCCUUCUCAGCUGUGAAGAAAACUUCCCUAUCCAAACUCACCUCAGACCAGUUAAAGCAAGUGGUCCUCUUCCAUGCCUUGCCACAUUUCUAUUCCCUAGCUGACUUCAAAAACCUCAGCCAAACCAGCUCCACUCCCACAUUUGCUGGAGGGGAUUACACUUUGAACUUCACUUAUGAUUCUGGCACAGUGCACGUUAGUUCAGGGUGGUCAAAGACCAAGGUGAGCAGUGCUGUUCAUGCCACAGAUCCUGUUGCAAUAUAUCAAGUUGACAAGGUGCUACUGCCUGAGGCCAUUUUUGGCACUGACAUUCCUCCUGCUCCUGCUCCUGCACCAACUCCUGAUGUCGCACCUGCUGCAGAUUCUCCAACCGAACACAGUGCAGAUAGCAAAGCAUCUUCUCCAUCAUCUACUCAUGAUGGAUCCUAUUCUCACAAGCUCAUCAGCUGUGGAAUCUUGGCCAACCUUGUCUUGGCAACUUUUGCUUUGCUGGUCCUCAUGUGAUGAUGGGACUCUUCCUUCCUAUUGAAUAUUUAAUUUAGAUUAUGUUUAUGUAUCUACAUUUGGUGCUACUUGCUUUGAUUUGAAUCAAUUUUUUUUGAACAUAAGUGUUAUUCAAUAUAUGUAUGAGAAUGUGAUUUCUUUCCACUGUUCCACUAUUUUUUGUAAAUCUCAUAGCAUGUGGCUGGCAUGUUAUGUGGUUGUCAUGUUAUGACUGUAUCUACUUUUUUGAGAGUUUAAAUGCCGACACUUUAAAAGUCUA